CGAAACAAAAAGCUUGAGUAGCUUAAGUGUUUAAGUUUCAAUAGAGCAGUUUCAUUUCUUUAUUUCCUUUCCCAUUUUUUGAAACUCUCAAUGUUUUCUUCAAACCCUCAAAAGACAGACAAUAGUUGGGGCUCAGCUACUGGGUUUGGAAAGUCUUCAUCUUUCAGUGGACCAUCAUCUGACCCUAAAAGAACACAAUCUGGAGGUCUAUUUGGAUCUAGUGCCACUGGAUCUACUGCACCAUCUGGUGGAUUAUUUGGAUCGAGUACCACUGGACCCACAGCACCAUCCGGUGGAUUGUUUGGCUCUUCCACUAAUAAUACAUCAUCUACAUUUGGAAAUACAAAUUCUACAUCAAACAAUACCACAAUUGGGUCAACACUGGGUGGGUUGUUUGGCAACAAUACAGCACCUGCCAAUCUGUCCAAUAGCACAACUGGCACACUGGGCGGCUUAUUUGGCAACUCCAACACCACGUCAAAUGUAGGGUCUGGGUUAUUUGGAAAUUCAUCCUCCGGUGUAAAGCCCACUGGUUUGUUUGGAGCUGCUCCAAAACCAAACCAAUCUGGUCAACCAAAUGGUUUGUUUGGCUCAAAUAACACCGCUACUAGUAAUAAUAUUAUGGGUCAAGGCUCAUUGUUUGGGGCACAAUCUCAAGGGAUUGGAUCUCAAUCAAAUACAAAUCCAUAUAAUUAUAACAAUUCGUUCGGUAACAUUAAACAAGAUGUUUCUACUAUGCCGCAAUCUAUUACUGAAAAUUUGUUUCUGAAUUCUUCUCGAAUGGAAUCAACUAAUAGAAAGAGAGUAUUUUCUGAUACCACCAAUAGUAAUUCAAGGGCCACAAAUGGUAAUUCUACUGCAAAGCUCUCUCUUUUAUCAAGAUUGGGACAAACCAUAAAAUCGUUUAGAUCUUCAAAGAAUGCACCAACUCCAUUGCCAGAGACAAGUGCGGAAAUGAAAGGAAUUUUCACUCCAUCUAAUUAUGUUAAUUUCAAGAACGUAAAAGGUGGCGCCAAUCAUUUGAGAUCUUCAUCUUUGGGAACUAAGUCAAGUAACGCUCUCCAUUUACAAAAGGGAAAUACCACUGGUAAUCAUAGUGAUGUCAAGAGGUUAGUAAUUAAAUCCAAACCACUUAAAUUCCAUUUGAUUGAUACUGACAAAGUCUUCAAUACCAAGAGAAGAAGAAUCUUAGUGGAGAACUCAACAGCUAAGGUAAUUCUGUCUGAUAAGAUUCUCAAUGGUGGUUUUGAAAGCGAUGAAGAAAUUGAAAGUGAUGAUGAUUUAAUGGAAGGUAAAUCAAAAUUAGAAUCUCUCUCGUCAAGAUUCCCAUAUCGUAAGCAUAACUCGGAAAGAAGGCUUUCGGAGACAGUUGAUGGUUCCAACAUUGUUGAAGAUAAAGUUAACUUGGAUGAUAAGGACCUUAAUGAUGGAUACUGGUGUAGUCCCUCCAUCAAAGAACUUUCCGGCUAUUCAAUUGAUCAAUUGAGUGAAGUUGAUAAUUUCAUUAUUGGGAAAGUUGGAUUUGGUCAAAUCUCAUAUGGCUAUCCCGUUGAUUUAUCUGGAGUGCUGGUUAGCUGUAAGGAUAACGGUACCACUUUAAAUAAGGAAUUAUUUGGGAACCUUGUACAAUUUAAGAAAGGAUGUGUCUUGGUGUAUCAUGGUGAUGCAAAUAAGCCACCUAUUGGUUUCGGGUUGAAUGUACCUGCAACUAUCACUAUGGAGAAUAUGUUCCCAAAGUCAUCAGAGACAUCAAUUGAGUUCAUUAAAAGGUUGCAAAUGCAAAAGGGUAUGGACUUUGUUACUUAUGAUCCAAUUACGGGGUAUUGGGUAUUCAAGGUUAUGCACUUUAGUAUCUGGGGGUUAAUAGAUGAUGAAGAAGAAUUAAGCCCUGAUUUGGUUUCCAUAAAGAGAAAGCAGGAUGAAUUAGAAGCUGAGGCUAGAUUAGAAUCAUCAAAAAUCUAUGAAACGGAUGAAUACAGAGAAGAAUUGAAACGUCAAAGAGUUACCAGUUUUACCAAGGGUGUUCCUGGUGGAUGGGGUAGCACUGAAAAGACACAACCGAAUGCUGCUCUUAUAAAACGAAUGACUGUUGCUAAUGAAAUACAGAAUCAAUUAGAGCUCUUUAGAGAAGAACAAACUAAUAAUGUUCUUAAUCAUCAUGAUGGUGAUAUUACUGUUGAUUCUGAUCGUUCACUGAGAUCCGAUUCUCCAGCUAGCUUGGUCUUCAGUUGUCCUGUUGAGGAUACCUAUGGCUACAAAGAAAAAAGUGAACCAAAGUUUAAGUAUUUGAAACAGCUUGUGAGUGUAUUGCCAAAUAACAUUCUAAUGGAUGAUUUGGUUGAUGAAAAGGCAUAUGAAGCAGAAAUUUCUAAUGAGGCAAUCUUUGAUAAUAUUCAAGUAAGACCAAACAUUGCAAUUUCGGAUGAUUGGUUAGUUCAAUUAGAGUUGGCUAAUGAUCUUAACUCUUCAUUGAACCCACUCACUGGUGACACUUCUGAAAGUAAACAUUUAUCUGUUGAUAUGAUGGACAAUAUGCUUUUUUCUGGUGUUGAUUUAUCUAUGGGCAAAACCACGUCUGACCGUAUUAUGCCUGAACAUAGUGAUAGUACCCAAAAGAGUUUGGAACCUUCUAGUAUUGGUGAAUCUAAAAUCAUUAACACUUUACUUACCAAAACUGAUGUAUCAACUCGCUCAGUCAACGGAUAUCCUCAAUUGCCACGUAAACUUAAUGUCACUUUCAAAGAUCUUUUGAUUGAAGAAUAUCAACCUGAGGAAGAAGUUCAUAUAAUCAAACUUUGCUCUGCAUUAUUUGACAAGCACGACGUUUCCUUAGAAGGGGUGGAGUCUAAGGACAUAAAAUUAAUUAAUCAUUUGACUGGCCUUAAUCGUAGAGAGAUUUUUUCUGAGUGGUUAAGAGCUUACAACGUAAACACCAUUGAAAAGCUUACGAAAUCAUCGCAAAAUGAUCCAUUAGAUCUUAUUUAUAUUCAAAUCUGCGCUGGAGAUCUUAAAAGUGCAAUUGAGUUAGCAUUGAAUUCAAAUAACAAUCAUCUUGCUGUUUUGUUGACUCUUUUGGACGCAAAUGAUUCCGGAGUUAGGACCGUUGCAUCUUCUCAAUUACAAUAUUGGCAAGAAUUUCUGUCAUCAUCUUUUAUCCCAAAUACAGUUACUAAAAUAUAUCAAAUUUUAUCUGGUGACUUUGAUGAAAUUUUAUCUGACUUACCUUGGAAUAUCGCAUUUGCAUUGAAAUAUUUCUAUGGUGAUUACAGUCAAGAUUUGGGAAAUUUGAUUCAAGAAUUUAAAAAUAAAUUAAAACCUUCUGGUGUAAUUUUUGAAACAUUAGAACUUUAUCAGAAUAUAGAAACUAUUGGAUUAUCUAAGGCUCUUUCUGGUAUCAAUUCGACCCACUUAAGUAUUUGUUUGAAAUGGUUUAUCACUAUAAUUUUAGGUGGAGAUAUUGAUACUCCUUUGGAUACGGAGGAUACACUUACACACUUAUAUGGGAAAUAUUUGACUAACCUCGGGUUAUGGAAAAAGGCUAUAUUUGUUUAUUCCCGCUUGGAAAAUGACAAAGACAAUGAAACAGCCAUUCGCAAACUUAUUUUUGAUAAUAUUACUGAUAUUAAUAUCAAUGAUGUUGAAGAAGAAAAGUUCUUUACAAACCUGUUACGUGUACCACAUAGUCUUAUUUACGAAGCUGUUGCUUCAAAUGAAGGAAAGCAAGGAAAUCACUGGGCACAAUGUGAAGCAUUGUUGGUUGCUAACCUCUGGGAAGAAGUUCAUGAAUGCAUAGUAUCAAACCUUGGACCAUCUACAGUAAUUACCAAUAAUGCUGUAUUGAAGACGCAACUUCUUGAUAUUGUCUCACGUAUUCCAAGUCAUGGGUUAAUUAUCCCACAAUGGUCACAGGGAGCCGGAAUCUACGUUCAAUAUGUUCAACUUGUUAAUUCAUUUGGUGAAAACUCUGAAUUUUCAGUCGUCAGAUCUCCAGAAUUCAAGAAAACUCUUGAUUCUCUUUUGUCAAACAUUCCGUUAAUGAUCCCCUUAUCAUUAUCCUCCUUCCAAAACAAAGUUGCUUUGAAAAUCAUUUCUAAGAGAGUUGGGGACUGGGCUCUAGUAUCUUCAGGAGAACUCAAGGAUAAAAUAAAAUCGUUACCAUUAGGUGAAAAUGAACGUCAAUAUUUUGAUAUUCGUUUAGCCACUGCAUGAUAAAAGCUGCUCUAUAUACAUAUAUCUAAUCUAAUCUGCAUAUAACUUUAACAAAAAG